CACUGUCCAGAAAAGCUUACAAAUGUAUAAGUUACCGGUUACUUAUUAUUAACCUCCUUUUAGGCUUAGAUAAUACAUUCAAGAUGUCUGCUAAACAAGUCGCGUGGAAUCGUAUGUUUUCCUCAAUAGGAAUGAAAAAUACUUCAGAUCAUUAUAACGAGUACGCGAAUCACUAUGAAGAAGAUUGUAUGAAAUUAGGUUAUACUGAACCAAAGGUAGCGACGGAUAUGUUAAAGCAAGUGAUGUCCAACUUUGAGGAUGAGAAUCUGCAAGUUCUUGAUGUUGCCGCAGGCACCGGGCUUGUUGCCGACAAUCUGCGAGCCUUAAACUUUCAAGGAAAGAUCGAUGGAAUAGACGGCUCAGCGAAGAUGCUCGAAAAGGCCAAAGAAAAGGGAAAUUACAGAAAUCUGGUUGAAGAAUUUAUUCUCCCAGACAAACCACUACCAUAUGACGACAGCAGUUAUGACGUAGUGAUAUGUCUUGGUUCAUUAUCUGUACCCCAUGUUCAGCCUGAAGCUAUUAAGGAAUUCAUGCGAGUUACAAAAUGCGGUGGUUUGAUUAUUUUCUCGGUGGCAACCACGUCUAGAUCGGCUGGGUAUGAGAAGAAACUUGCAGAGAUUGCCAAGUCGAUGGAGGGUUCGUUGCAAUGGGAGAAUGCAAGGACGGUGAAAGGGGCGAUCUUUGAAGUUAAUUACGAGACAAAGGAUCCUGAAAACACUAAGACUGGGACGAGCUUCUACCUUUAUAAAAAGUUGUAGCUUGUCGUAAUAAAUUCCGCGAAUCUA